CUUCAGACAGCUGAUGGACUUCCUCUCCGGGUUUGGAGCAGCGGUGUAGAACCAGAAAAAUGAAGCCUGGCUGAGACUCAGGCGGCGCAUCACAGAGAAUGUCAUUCAUGUCUGUGACAUCAUCGGGCUUUAGGGCUUCAGAGGAGGCGACGUGGCCUUAAUGGAAAGCUGAUAUCCAGAUGAGACUGAAGCGGAGCUGCAGCGGUUCAGUCCGUACUACAGGAGACAGUUCUCUGUGGUCCACUUCAGCCGGGUGGAGGAGGAGCUGGAGCCGGACCGAAAGACUGUCGGGCAGCUGCUCAAACACCGGGUACGUCUACCGCCGCUGUUUACCCUCCAACAGGCAGCGCUGCCGCCUGCAAAAAAAGACCACCCAGGAUGCCGAGGUGCUGUUCGAGGACAGAGUACUUUAUUUUGACGACCACAGGAAGUGGAAAAAAAGGUAUGUGGUGGUGCGAGCCAACUACUGCCUGGAGUGCCACGACAGCCUGGAGACUUUUGUCAAAGGAAUUCAUGUGAGCCAAAAGCUGCUGCCAACAGGGGGCACUGUUCUGACCUCAGAGGCAGAUUACAUGGCAAUGGUGGACAAGUGUUUCCCCGACAACACCUAUGUGAAGGAGGACUUCAGCCCACCUGUGUCAGGGAUGCCAGGACAGUUCCCAGUCUACUUGCGUCUGCCCUACAGGAGGGACUCGUACUUCUGCUUCCAUCAGGAACCCAAACGGGCUGCCUUUGUUUCCAUCCUGACCGACUGCAUUCGACACCAGAAUCACGACUUCCUAAAGAAGAAGACGUGCGAGGUCCAGGCGUUCCUCAAAGCCAUCCAGUUCUACAGGGAGGACAAAGGCCAGUACGAGGCGUGGAACAUGCUGAUCGGUAGCGAUGUCCGGGUGAUGGCCAACCUGGUACUGGAGCAACUGUUACCGUCGCUGCAGAAGGACAUGCUGCCUCACCUCAAAGCCAAGAAGACAGAAAAGAAACGCGUGUGGUUUGCGACGGUGGAGGCGGCUUACAUCCUGGUCCAGGAGCGUCUGCUGGAAGGACUCACUGCACUGAAGGAGGAGUGUCGCAGGUCGGCCCGCCAGGAGGAGGUGCUGAUUCGCACCGACAUGGACCAGAUCCUCAGCACCCGACAGCAGCUGGAGGAAAAAAUCCACGCUGUGAUAUCAGAACCGGCACAGAAGUUUUACUCUGAAAACAUCCAGCCGUACCUGAGCUCGAUUCUGGAAGAACUGAUGCAGCCCAUCAGCUCUGGAUUCCAGCAGGGAGGGCAGCUGAGUGAAAGCAUGAUGGACCAAGCGUGCCAGGAUGUCCUCCAGAGGACACACGAGGAGGCCCGAAAGACGCUGGUGGACAUGGCAAGGCCCAACCUGUCGAGCUGCUACCAGGAGAUUGCUUCACUUCAGGAGAAGCUGCCUCAGUUGCAGGAACGGUUUGGUUUCUCCAACGUCACUGGUCUGAUCCACAGUGCACAGAUCGACCUGCAGAAGCUGAUGGAGAGUGCAGCAUUCACAUAUGAGCAGCUACUCUACAAGGCCAUCAAGGACAACCCUCACCUCCCCCAGGCUGCCAUAGAGAAGGCCAAACACAGAGUUCUGAAGCAAUAUGACUACGACAGCAGCUCGGUGAGGAAGAGGAUUUUCCACGAGGGUCUUCUUUCCAUCACUCUGCCCUACAUGAAGAAGAAUCUGGACCCCACCUGCAAAACUGAGCUUAAAGCUCUUGAGCAGUUUGUCAACGCCGAAUACGCGAACUUCAUCAAUGUUGAGAAUGUUUACGAGAGCAUUCUCGUGAAACUUCUGGACAACGAGGUCACCAAAGUCGUGAAGGAGGCAGCGAGCCUGCGGAUGUUCGACCUGAUGACAGACAGCAGAGAGCUGGUGAGUCAGUCCAGUGUCUCUUCUCCCUCUGCAUCCACCCCUGGCAGCCCGGCGGUCGUCCAAGUGUUCCCCAUCCAGUCCUUCGCUGACGAGUCCCAGCAACUGUCCCCUCAGGAGGUCGACGGUGUCAGUCCUCUGAAGAUGUCCGGUGUCCAGGGUGUUGAAGAUGGUGGGCGUAUGCUGCAGAGCGAAACGCCAGUCAUCGUGACGCCUUUGGUGCAAGUCGAAGAAAAUGAAAUGUCUCGGCGUGCCAUUGAAGAGGCAGCGAUGAGUUUUGUUGAAGGAGAGACAAGAGCAGCCACGUCAGGAGACAUUACCUCAGCUGAGACUGCAGUCAAAGAAGCAGCCACUUGCAUUCCAAAAGCUGAAGUCGGUGGAACAGAAGAGGUGGAGACACAGAGUGCAGAAGCUCCAAAGGAAGCACAAGUUGCCUUAUCGGGAGCUGCCACUGCUGUGGAAAGUCUUGACAUCAGGACAAACGCAGAAGAACCAAAACCUGAUCCUACAAACGAAGAAGGCAUCGCCACCACUACACUCGUCAAUGAAGAAGAAACACUGUGCAAGAGCACUGAUGUCAAUGCACAGGCUACCUCUGGUGUUAAAAUGCCUAUACUGACACCCACAGAUAACGUCCUACAUCUGAAGGCGCAAUCGACAACUGGCUCCAUUCCGUCCUCUCUGAAUGUGUCAGUAGGAAGCGAUUCGCCUCUGUCAGACUUGGAGUCUUGUGACAACCUCUCAAUGACCUCUGACCUUAUGGGUGAGGAGGUUAACACUAGCAGAUCACCCGAUGAUCCUUCUGAUGACCAAGCCAUACAAGCGCUAAGCGGCGCCUCAUUGCCUGAGGCACCGACAGAAGCAGCACGUGGCUGUGAUGCAUGUGGGGGCGUUGAACCAGAGUCGAGUGUGAACGUGGACGCAGCGGACACCCCAAACUCUGCAGCUGCUGAGGAGGCUCCAUCCUCGCCCUCUCAACCCCAGCCUGUGGACUGCAUCCAGGAAGUACAAGACCUGGUGUAGCAACCGGUGCAGCCUCGUCCCAGUGCAGUUCCAAAAGAUGCAUGAAGUAUUGCUACGUGUUCUUCCACAGAGCCAAACUGUACAGUCGGGAUAAAGUAGUUAAGGGUAUUUUAUACUGUCGUCCUAAACAAACAAGAAUAUUUCCUAAAUAUAACUGCAGCACUUAAGAGUCUGACCGAUAUAUCAACUGAUAUCAGCCUUCCAUGAACAUAUCAAUAUUGACACUGUUAUUUCUGAUAUGAAAACUUUUACCAAAUAAUCAAUGAAAGAAAUAUACUUUGGUCAUUGGUAAGUGUGUCAUGACCUAACUUGUCCAACAGAGGGCACAAGUUUUACAUUAUUUAUACUGUAAAGCAUGGCUGGGACCCCAUCGCCCCUUGGUCAUAUUAGCUACAAGAUACAGCGGCAAAGGGACCAGCUGUUGUUCAUUUUCAAUCAGAGCGAGUGUUUUACAGCUAAGCCGCCAGCUAGGUGGAGCCAAAUAGAUAAGCCUAUUUUAUUGGAGUAAAGGUAGCGUGAUGUUUUCAUAGUUAUUUAUAAUAGUUUGUUUAAACCAUAAAAACUUAAAGCUUCAAUUACUUUGUCAUAAGCGUUUCAUAAAGAAAUGUUCAGAAUCUUUGCCAUGUUUGAGUAUAUAUCGGCAGAUAUAUCUAUAUCGCAGUCCCCCAAACCCGGAUAUCUGUAUCGGCCUCCUCAGCGUGUCCUCAAAUUACUGAUCGGCAAAUGUUGGCACCUUUCUCAGAGCAGAAACAAGGCAUGGGGGGUGAAUCUGAGAAAUUUUGCAAAGGCUUCCAUAAACUUAGUGCACAUGGCAUGCAGUCAUAAAUUACUUAUGCACAUCACUUCAGUAAAUCAAAGUAUCAGCUUCAUGAUCUACUAAAGAAGCAUAAAAAAAACCCUAAAUAUGUCCAUUUUUUCUGGCAUCCAGUUCUGCUCCUGAAGGCUGCCAGAACUGGAUGUUUAAGUUUCUUCCUCAUAAGUGAACAAAAACGUGGGUCACAUGGCAAAAUUGCAACACACAAUUCAUUCACUCAUUCAUGUGACAGAGUGAGUAUAGUGUGGAGCUGAUCAUCAUCCAGUAAUAUCAGUCACAAGAUUAAGUUUAGUCGUAUCACCAGCUGUGUCGCUGCCUCACGUUAGCCGACGAAGUCUUCGGAACAAAAUUACUUAUCUGGAAACGAGCUGAAGAAAACUGAAUGUUUGUCUGAUACAGCAGAGGACAAAGUUGCUGUAAAGUUUCAUUUAACUCUUAGAAUUGCAAGUCCAAAUCCAGACCUGGAGGACGUUGGGUCUUAGAGCAGGUGGAUCUGUGGCGUAAGAAUUGGACAAACAAGGUACAGACCAGAGUUCAAGUCCAGGUGUGUCUGCGUCCUGGUCUGUCCACUCAGUUGGAAAUGUGAACCAGCCUUGUCUGGGGAAGUAACCUGCGAUGGAUUCGCAUCCCGUGCGGGAGACAUCGUCGACUCUCAUCCGUUUCACUCUGCAAAAUACUGGGACAAACACCAGGAGCCUCCACGAGGCAUCCAGAAGCCUCAGGACCUGUACAGAACUUAGUUUUGUACUUCUAAGAACUUGUCACACACAGUGCCACAUUUUGACAGCAAUUAGUCAACCAGCACGAGGGAAAGCAUAAGUGAUGGCGAAACCAGGCCUCUUGAAGCAUUUGGCAGUUUUCUUUGGCCACUAGGUGGCAUUGUCUAUUAAAAAAAGAAUUCAAUGCACAAUGAACUUCAGUUUCCUUCAAACCUUUUUUGGAAUAAACACUGCCAUCUAGUGGGC